AUGCUUCGCUGGGUGCGACGACUGUCUACUACAGGGACGUCGCUAUCUCGCGUCCCGUCUUCCAAUGGCCGCCCCCUGCUCGAAACUACCAAGAAAGUGGAAGAAGAGAAAUUUCCAUGGUACGACCAGAACACUUACUACCCAGUCCGAAUUGGGCAAACUUUUCAAUCUCGAUACCAUAUUCUGUCGAAGUUGGGCUAUGGUACUUCGGCCACCGUCUGGUUAGCUCGCGAUUCUCUGGAAAAUAAGUAUGUGGUGAUAAAAGUCUGUACCAGCAAUUAUCCCAGCGUCCCGCGCGAGAAGGCCGCCUUUCAGCGCUUACGCCCGUUACGCAAGUCUUCUGUCGUCCAGCAAUGCUGGGAAAACUUUGCUGUACGAGGCGCGGAGGGUAAUGUUCAUGAAUGCUUUGUCCUUCAGCCACUCUGUCCGAAUCUCGCCCACUUUGGCGAGCACGUUGCUCACCGCUGGGAGGACCUCAAGUCCUUUCGUACCAUGGCACGGAGCAUUUUCGAGGCUCUAAAGUUACUUCAUACGGAGGCACACUUGAUCCACUGCGACCUGCGCCCGGAGAACUUCUUGCUCAGCACGGCUACUGAUACUGUAUUUCGAGCAAUGGAAGAGCAUGAAGCGAGCGAUCCUUCCCCAUGCAAAAUCGAUGGGGAUCGCGUUGUGCACACCACGCCUUAUGCAAUGAUACCUGAUGAUGUGACGGGCAUUGUACUGACUGAUUUAGGCGAGGCUCGUCCUGGCAACACUUCGACACCUUAUUAUGACGACAUUGAGCCCUUCCCGUAUCGGGCACCAGAGAUCAUCUUCUGCGUCCCCUUCUCGUAUCCCGUCGAUGUAUGGAACGCCGCGGUUAUGCUCUGGCACAUGUUUGAGAGGAAGCCUCUCUUUCACCCGUACACUUCGAAGGGAGAAGAGGUUGACCUGUUCCACCUGCGACAAAUGGUUCACGUGAUUGGUCUCCCUCCCUCAAGUCUCCUCGAGCGUUCUGCCGACCGGGAAUUCAUCCACCAGCGUUAUUUUGAUAGGAACGGACAGUGGAUUGCCAUGAUUCCUCUCAAUAGUAAUAUCACGCUGGAGAUGCGGGAGCAGCGUCUGGAGGGUGAUGAGAAGGCGGAGUUCUUGCGCUUCAUGCGGAGAUGUCUGCAGUGGGAGCCGGAGAAGAGAGCGACGGCAGCUGAACUCUGCAACGAUCCGUGGCUUAACCCUACGUAG